AUUACUAGCGCUCAGAGCAUGCGCAUUCGACCAUAUUUUACCUCUUUGUCGACAGUGCUGAAAUCGGACGACAGAACUGAGAACAUGAGUGGACCACAAUCUAGAGAAGUUAAAUGGACUUGUCAACACUGUACUCUACAGAACGAGAACUUCCGAAAACGUUGUAAUGCGUGUCAUCAACAAAGAAUCCAUACCGAGGUUACGAUAACGGAGAAUGGCGAACAAAUUGGAGGAUGGACCUGCACAAAUUGUCAUUUUGACAAUACCAUACGUGAAAAAUCAUGUAAAAAAUGUCAAAAAAGAAAUAAACCGGUUGCAAGACUUAUCAGUUACGAGGAAGAAUUCAAAGUAGAAAAAUGGCAUUGCAAAUGGUGUACAUUUCUAAAUCCCGAAACUUUAUACAUGUGUGAUAUGUGUGAAAAGCAAAGGGACUGGCAGGCGGGAAAUACUGGAACCAGUGAUGGUGCUACCGGGGACAAUAAAGGGAAGGAAAAGGAAACAAAAGAUAAAGUGACAAUCGGAAAAGGCAACGACAAAGACAAAAUCACUAAAGGAACAAGUACAGACACUUCAAGUAAACGAAACGGAAAAGAUAAUUCUGGAAAAAACGCGCGAAAAAAUGACAAGAAACUUGGCGAUAAUUCGGAGUCUACUGAUCAAUGGCGAUGCAAAAUUUGUACAUUUCUGAAUUCUCAGUUGAUGACAGAAAAAUGUGAAAUGUGUGACAGCAUUUGUCCGUCGUCAGUUGCAGUGGCAGCUCCUACCUCUCGUGUGGCGAAGAGACAGCGACUCCAACACAAACAGAGCAUGCGCGUUGUGGAUCUACAAAGGAAAGAAGAAGCAGAUGCUUUGAAGAGAUGGAUAAGUAUUACAAAAUACUGUAGAGAGAAAAAGAAAAAAUUCACGGACGCUGAUUUUCCUCAUGAUGUUACGUCACUAUAUACAAAACCCAAGAAAGAAGGGAAUAACCCACAAUGGCGUCGUUGCCACGACAUCUAUACGGGAAACCAACGCGAGAAAUGGGUUGUUUAUAGAGAUAAUCCCUUGCCAGACGAUAUCGAGCAGGGUUACCUUGGAAAUUGUUGGUAUCUGAGUGCUCUAGCAGUACUCGCAGAUCGAAAGGAGCUACUGGAAAAAAUAAUACUCACCAAAACGUUUUGCGACGAGGGAGCCUACCAUUUACGAUUAUGUAAAGAUGGCUGCUGGAAAAUAGUUCUGGUCGAUGACGCGUUUCCAUGUGACACUAGCAAUCGUUUUCUCUACUCAAGGGGAAAACGGAAUCAGCUUUGGAUUCCUUUGAUCGAGAAAGCGGCUGCCAAGUUGUUUGGUUGUUACCAGGCAUUGGCGUCUGGUCACACGGUGGAGGCUCUCUCCCUACUCACCGGAGAACCGUGCGAACACAUCAGUUUUCAAGAUUCAGAAGAAGGUGAUAAGGAAACUGACAAAGUGGUUGUGUGGUCAAAACUGGUGAAUGCAAGAGAAUCAAAAUUCCUUAUGGGCACGUCCUGUGGAUCUGGAAAAAUGAAAAAUGUCAGUAAAGAUCAAUAUAAAAAGAUGGGUCUCAUUUCCCUACACGCUUAUUCGGUAUUAGACGUACGAGAUGUCCAAGGAAACCAAUUGGUGCGAAUACGAAACCCUUGGGGUCGGGAGUCUUGGAAUGGAGAUUGGUCUGAUGGGUCGCAGAGAUGGUCAGCUAUUAGAGAGUCCUCGAGAAAAGCACUGAAUCCAACAGAAAACAAAAACGGAAUAUUUUGGAUAAGCCUGGACGAAUACAUGAAGUACUUUGAUAGUGUUGACAUAUGUAAGGCAAGAUCCGGCUGGCACGAGGUCCGAAUCAAAGGUGUGUUCCCUCCAAAUGCUGGAAAACCGUGGAAAUUUGUCAACUUAUCCAUUAUGGAGAGAACACAAUUGGACAUAGGACUCUUCCAGAAAAGUUUCAGGGGACAAGAAGGGAAAGAAAAUACGUUAGAUCUCUUCAUUGUUGUCAUGGAGAACAACAUGGAGGGUCACAAUGUAUUCAAGAGAGUUGUAACAACAAGUCAAAGACAACAACGUAGCUUCGUUGGGUGUGAGGUUGACCUUAGGCCAGGUUACUACACAAUAGUGUGUCUGGCUUUCAAACACUGGCAGACAGCUGGCCACGGAAGGCAGUCACUAUUAGAUGAAGAACAACUCAAUCGAAAUUUCGUCAUGGCCAUUCACAGUUCUGAAAUGAUCCUAUCGGAGGAGAUCGAUAGUCAUGUUCCUGAUUUACCGUACCGCCCUCGCUGAUACCCUAAUCCAAUUAGCCAUUCAAAAUGGGAAACGAAAUAAGCAUGGCAAAGAUGACUUAGUUUCAUAUGAGUUGUGGUGGCACGGCGCCAUUUUUGUCCUUGAAAACACAAGUUCUAAAAUGUAUGGCAGCUUUAAAUGUGAUGCUUCCAAAAGUUCUUACCUGCUCUCAACCCGAGUUAGCUUUGUCACUAUGGAUUGUGUUCCACCAAGACACAGACAGGUGACGACAGUUUUGACGCCACUCGACUCAAAGCAUGGAUGGUCCACGUCUUGUCAAUACACAUAUAUUAUGAGCGCAGAACCUGGUCUGCACAAAACAAUAUGUGGCUCAAAUGGAAAACACCACGUACCGGAAAUAACACCACAAUUGGAGGGUCUACAUAGGCCGCGGCCUAUUCUGUAACGUACCGGAAAUAACACCACAGUUGGAGAGUCCACAUAGGCCGCGGUCUAUUCUGUAACGUACCGGAAAUAACACCACAAUUGGAGGGUCUACAUAGGCCGUGGCCUAUUCUGUAACGUACCGGAAAUAACACCACAGUUGGAGAGUCCACAUAGGCCUCGGACUAAUAUGUAACGUACCAGAAUUGUA